AUGACGGCUCGAGAAGCGAGGACGGUGAUUGUCGUCACUGGCUCGCACACCAUUACAGCCGGCUAUGGUAUCCACGAGAUUCUCAAACGUCCAUCCAUCUCACUGACAGCACGCGUUGGUCUUCCAAGACCCACAGCAUCCGGCUCCUCGGCCUCUUCACCUCCGGACUAUACUCAGUACCUUGUUGGAUCUGCGCUCGAUGAAGCGGAACGAAGAGGAGAUGACGUCGCCGUCUUCUGGCCGAUGCGGAAAGGAUAUGUCCGUGACUGGCAGCAGAUGAUUGCGCUCUGGAACUAUGUGCUUUUCCAUCUACUACCCAUCCGACGAUCGCACAACGACUCGAACGUUCUGAUCAGCCUUCCGCUUCCGAUAUCUCGAGCAACGCAUGCCUACCUCACACAAAUCUUCUUCGAACACUUCAACUCUGCCGCAAUCACGAUUGCGGAAAAGCCGUUGCUAUCAUGCUACGGUGUUGGUACCAUGAACGGAUGUGUUGUUGACCUUGGAUACGAGGGGUGCGACGUGACACCGGUCAUCGAAUGCCUCGUCCAGUCCAAUGCCAAUGUUAAAACAGAUGUUGGGGCUCGUCACUGCAUUCUCUACCUAGCUCACCUCCUGCGCCGCGACCAGAGCCUUGUCAAGGCCAUCCAGACGCUACUCCGAUAUACCCGCAAGGCGUCCUCGCGCCAGGACCAAGAGACAGCGUUAAGGAAGGCUAUGUUUUCUCUCGCUAAGCAGCUUGUGGAGGAGGGACUGGUGCUCGACGAAGAUGCCGUGAAGAAAGGUGCCGGAGGUCUGGUCUCGGCUGCGGAUGGCGAAGAUGACGAGGGCAACUUUGACAUCGCGGCUGUGCUUGUAGAAGGGACCAAGAAGCACGACGAGGAGGAGGAAGAGAGACGUCGAGCGAUGGAGGCCAACCAAGGAGAGGAGAUCGAUGAGGCCAUCCUCGCUUCCAUCACAGGCGAAGACGGUCAGGCAGGCGGAUCUACGGACGAGAAAGCGACACUGGUGACCUUCCGCGGUCUCAAGCUCAAAGUCGGUCCAGAACGCUUCCGUUUCCUUGAACCGCUCUUCCGACCCGAAUUGCUCAAGGAUGUCGCCGGUGCUUCCGACUUGCACUUGGGAGACGAGCCGUUCGGAGCUGGUCCGUUCGUGGCAGAGACCAAUGGCGCUGGUACUAACAGCGAUGCGGCUCAGUCUCCAGCAAGUCAUGACAACUUUCCGAUCGCAACUGCAACACCUGACUGGAGUCAAGCCGUACCACUUCCGCUGGCCAUUGCCAGCGCUAUCUCACGCAUUGAGGAUGCCGACCGUCGACCUCAAUUGUGGGAGAAUCUUAUCUUCACUGGCCAGCCUGCCAAGAUCAAGACGAUUCAGAUCGAGGCCAUCUCGGCUCUGUCAGAGUUUGUCGCUACGGAACAGACUGAAGCAGCUCAAGUGCUUGCUGAGCCCAACCCCCUGCAAGCGCGCAACGUGCGUGCAUUGCGUGUGCCCGACUACUUUUCAGAGUUUAAGGAGCGCACCGACCUCGCUUCGUUCCUCGGAGGCACGAUCUAUGCCAAGCUCAUCUUUGGCGAUCCGCAGGCUAAGGCCUUCAUCACCAAACAGAACUACAACGAGGCUGGACCAAAUCAAGCUUUUGCUGUCAAGCUUGCUGCCUGA